AUGUGUAAAGUGUGGGGACACCCUGUGGAUAAUCAUAUGAUCUCUGAAAUCCAAAAUGAUGAAGGAUAUAUUAAUUUACAGAGGGGAACACAUCCAUAUGUGCCAAGACACAGUGAAACAUUAACGGAACUUGAGGGAGAUUAUGCUGUUCAAGAGGGGGACCUCUUAUUAUCUAGUGACAGGAAUGCAGUGAGUGAUCUGUGGCCUCAGGUGGACGGAAAUGUGUCCAUACCAUAUAAAAUUGACUUUGAGCUUGCGGACCGGACUGACGUCAUCCUUAAGGCCUUAAAAAUGAUCAGUGAAAAGACCUGCAUAAGGUUCCAUCAGCAUAUUAAUGAAAUGGACUACUUGCUAUUUUCUUACAGUAAAGGGUGUGCCUCUUACGUCGGAUGCGUUGGGGGUGAACAGCCUGUUCUGAUUGGGCCGCCGUGUGGGGCUGGGAACAUCUGUCAUGAGGUCCUUCAUUCUCUCGGCUUGCACCACGAACAUUCUCGCCAUGACCGUGGAGAUCAUAUCACUAUACUGUAUGAAAACAUUAGCCCUGGAAAAGAGAGUAAUUUUGCUGAGAAAGUUGGAGACACACUCGGUCUUCAGUAUGACCUUGGAUCUCUCUUGCAUUAUGGAGCCUAUUAUUUCUCUUCCAAUGGAAAACCCACAAUUGUGGCCAAAAACAGCAGGGUACAAAUCGGCCAGAGGACUCACAUGAGUGAUCUUGAUGUAAAGAAGAUCAGGAAGCUGUAUCACUGUGGUACAUUUAUAUUGUCUGCUUUUAACAUGGACAUAGCAAACAGAGACCAUUAA